GCCAGCCGUGGCUGAAUGAACGGACAUCGCAGCUCGGCUGGAUUAGUCGAAGCCCACCUGACGAGCGCAUCGCCGACACGAGUGCGUGCCUCCUGGCUGCAGAAUUGCGCAAUCGCCCACGGCAUUGCACUCGUUGCAGCGGAUUUGCGUGUGUGUAGUGCGAGUGUUCGCGACUCUUUCGCUCUCGCUGUUGUUUGCCAAACGUGCGCAGCGAUGGACAUGGCGGAGAACGGCAAGUCGGUGACGCCCGGGGCGGAUGUCCAUCUCCCGAUGGGUGAAACACCUGCGGACCAGCAGCAUCCUGCUAGUCACUCGGGUUUGCAGACUGAAACUCCCCAAGGCCGUCUUUCUUGGAUUGAUCAGACCGCUCGGAGACUUUCAGAACGAUUCGACAGAGAGCUCGGCGGCCCGUGGCUGAAGAUACGCUACCUAGUUGUAUUCUGCUGCUUUUUGGCGAACGCCAUCAGCUACAUGAUGCGUGUCAAUUUGUCGGUGGCCAUCGUGGCCAUGACCAGCACAGACGGGCCUGAAGACGUUCCUCACUACGAUUGGGAUGAAUCUAUUCGCGGCACAAUCCUAAGUUCCUUUUUCUGGGGUUACAUAGUAACCCAAGUUCCCUCGGGGUAUGUGGCCGCCAGGUACAGCGCUACGAAACUGCUCUUCUGCAUGAUGCUGGUUGCCACAGCGGCCACUCUGCUGUUCCCGACGGCCGCUGACUUGGGCUGGGAGACUGCCUGCGUAGCCAGAGUCAUAUUGGGACUUGCCCAGGGCUCCCUACUUCCGUGCUGUCACGCCCUGUUGGCCAAAUGGUCACCGCCCGGUGAGAGAGGAAGAAUGUCUGUCUACGCAUACACAGGUCAGCCCUUUGGUAACGUGGUGGCCCUGUCUUGCUCGGGCUUAAUCGCCGCCUCGGCCGGUUGGCCGUGGGUUUUUUACGCCACUGGCGCCAUCGGCCUCUUCACGUCCGUCCUGUUUAUCCUUCUGGCCGCCGACUCCCCCGCGGUGCACAAAUUGGCCUCGCGGGACGAGCGGGAGUACAUCGAAACAAGCAUUGGAAUCAAUACCGUUGCUGACAACACGCAGCGAUUGCGAACGCCAUGGAAGGCGAUACUGACGUCAGUUCCUAUGUGGGCUUUAAUCAUCGUGCACUGCGGUCAAAACUGGGGCUUCUGGACCCUGCUGACUGAGAUUCCCUCCUAUAUGGAUGGCGUGCUCGGAUUUGACCUUAAACAGAACGGUCUGCUGUCCGCCCUGCCCUACUUGGGUCUGUGGAUCUUUGGACUCAUUAUAAGCUGGGUGUCGGACCAUUUUCUCAAGAAAAAUUGCUACAGUAUCGGCACCUCGAGAAAAAUCGGAAACAGCAUCGCUCAUUAUGGUGGUGCUGUAAUGCUGAUUAUUUUGGGCUUCAUGAGUGCCUCCCAAACUGCCGCGGUCAGCGUUUUAGUCGUGGCAGUUGCGCUUAACGCUGGCACAAUGGUUGGAUAUCAGGUGAACCAUAUCGAUUUGUCUCCGAACUUUGCCAGCACAAUGAUGGGCAUCACAAAUUGCCUGGGAAAUAUCAUGAGCAUUCUAGGUCCCCUCGUGGUCGGCUUCAUCGUCACCGACAAGCACUCCGGUGAGCAAUGGCGCACCGUGUGGCUCAUUUCAGCCGCGAUCUACGUUGUCGCCAACACCGUUUUUGUCAUCUUCGGCAGUGGAGAAACUCAGCCGUGGAAUAGUCCCGACUACAAGAGAACCAAGGCUUCCUCUGUCCAAGAUUCAAGCAGCGAUCGAUCCUCGUCGCCACAGCCGGCAGAAAAAUUAUAAUCUGUCAAAUAGCACUCUAGAAAAGACUGAGAGUUUGAAUGAGCAAAACGCUUGCUUUCUCCUGGGACAAGCACUCUCUGAUGGAAGAAAUGGAGGGAAUAGUGCUGCCUACAUGUUCAAAAAUUUAUGAUUCCUUGUAAAUUUAUAAAUCAACUUCUUAUUAUUUAGUCAAAAAUGUCGAAUAAUAUGAGAAUUCGAUAUAACUUUUGUAUGGUAAUUAAACCUAGAGUACUAAAAAGUUAUAAAUAAAACUCAUUUUAUUUUACAAAAUA